UACGGAUUCACCAUCCAUCCAAUCAGAAGCGAGAUAGAUAGAUAGAGAGAGAGAGAGAGAGAGAGAAAGAGAGAGAGAGGCUUGGCACCAUCCACUCAGUGUGACAUUGUGAUUUCUGCUGCUUGGUGGAGGAUUUCACAGGAAGCUGGAAGAACAAACAGGACAUUGAAUUGUUUUGCCCCCCCUCCCCUUUUACACACCUUCUCAGUCCCGUCAAGAAUCCUGUAUUUCUUUCUUCUUCAAGGAUUUUUGUUCUGUCUUGCACUCUACCUCCUUUCUUGAUUGGCAGCCGCUACCCCGGACUCAAGCAGCGGUGGCUGCUCGGGAUUUGCACCCGACAUGAGCGCACUGAGAGCCGGCGACAACGGCGGAGGGGUAGAGUCUCCGUCGUCGAGAAAAGGGUCGUCGGGACCGUGGCGGAUUUACUGCUGCUGGUGGUGGUGGUGGUGGUGGGGGUGCUGGGUAGUGAUGGUGGGGAUGGCGACUGGCUCCGGGGACCCGUGGUUGUCCGCGGAGGCAUGCCCGUCCUCCUGCACCUGCAGCAGCACCAGGAUCUCCUGCGUGGACCCGGAGAGGGGCGUCAACGCCUUCCCGGUCCUGCAGAGCGAAGCGGAGAUGGAGAACAUCACCGACAUCUACAUCGCCAACCAGAGCAGCUUCUCCUCCAUCAAUGACAAGGACCUGCACUACUACAAGAACCUCAGGAACCUAACGGUAUCGAACAGCAGGCUGACGUACGUUUCCAAGCUGGCCUUUCAAAACAACAUCAAACUGCAGUAUCUGAAUCUGAAAGAUAACAACCUGUCGUCGCUCUCCUGGACGAUAUUCAGACACCUCAACAUCUCUUACCUGAUCUUGACGGGAAACCCUCUGCGCUGCUCCUGUGAGAACAUGUGGAUCAAGCUGUGGCUGGGAGAAGAAGCAGACACUCAGGAGCUGCGCUGCAUUGAGGAUGGAGGAGCACGCAACCUGCUGUCCCGAUUGAGACUCUCCAACUGUGAGCUUCCCAUGGCGACGCUGAGCCCGCCAGAGCCUAAAGUGACCGUCAUGGAGGGAUCCAACGUGCAGCUGUCCUGUGUGACCUCAGGGGUGCCCUCACCAGACCUCUUCUGGAACAUGGCACUGGUUACCACCUACGAGAUCGCCAGGUCGGGUCAGAUUUCCGUACUGCGACUGUCCAACUUGUCGUCGUUGGACCACAACAGCAAGAUCAGCUGCACCGCAGAGAACAUUGUCGGCGAGAAGGAGUCCUCCAUCGUGUUAGACAUUCUAUUUCCUCCAAAUAUCACCAAACUGAGUGACGCCAUCCCAGACCACCACUGGUGCAUCCCCUUUAGUGUCGCAGGCAACCCGCAACCUGAUAUCCAGUGGUUUCUGAAUGACGAAGCAGUGACGCAGGACAACUUCAUCCAGACGGUGAUCCACGAUAUCACCGAGCGGGAGUACCACGGCUGUCUGCAGCUGGACAGCCCCACGCACCUCAACAACGGCUUCUACACGCUGGUGGCCAAAAACGAAUACGGAACAGACCAGAAGCGAAUCGAGGCCCACUUCAUGCGCAGGCCCUGGGACGGUGAGGAGUCACACUUUACAGGAACGGAGAAAGACAUAUACUACUACGACUCCCCCAUAGAUGGACCGACUGCAGACCCACCAGAGGACAGAGUCGCUGUGUACGUGGUGGUGGGAAUCGCCGCCGUCGCCUUCUUCGGCCUCCUGCUCAUGUUGGCCAUUAUCAAGUUUGCCGGGAAUUCCAAGUUUGGCAUCAAAGGACCGUCCUCAGUCAUCAGUAACGAUGACGACUCGGCUUCACCUCUUCAUCACGUCUCCAACGGCAGCAACACGCCUUCCUCGUCCGACAUGGGCCCCGACGCCGUCAUCAUUGGCAUGACCAAGAUCCCCGUGAUUGAAAACCCGCAGUACUUCAGGAGCUCCAACAGUCUGCUGAAGACGGACACCUUUGUCCAGCAUAUCAAGAGACACAAUAUCGUGCUCAAGAGGGAACUGGGAGAAGGAGCGUUCGGCAAAGUCUUCCUCGCCGAAUGCUACAACCUGUCACCUGACCAGGAGAAGAUACUGGUGGCCGUCAAGACCCUGAAAGAGGCCAGUGAAAACGCCCGCAAGGAUUUCCACCGCGAGGCCGAGCUGCUGACCAACCUUCAGCACGAACACAUCGUCACCUUCUACGGCGUUUGCGUGGAGAGCGACCCGCUCAUCAUGGUGUUUGAGUACAUGAAACACGGAGACCUCAACAAGUUCCUCAGGGCUCAUGGUCCAGAUGCAGUUCUCAUGGCGGAAGGCCAGACCACCAGACCUGUGGAGCUGACUCAGUCACAGAUGCUGCACAUUGCCCAGCAGAUCGCGUCGGGAAUGGUCUACUUGGCAUCACAGCACUUUGUGCACCGUGACCUGGCCACCAGAAACUGCCUGGUGGGUGAGAACCUGCUGGUGAAGAUCGGAGACUUUGGCAUGUCCAGAGACGUCUACAGCACUGACUACUACAGGGUAUGUGUGGGAGGCCACACCAUGCUGCCAAUCCGCUGGAUGCCCCCCGAGAGCAUCAUGUACAGAAAGUUCACCACGGAGAGUGACGUGUGGAGUCUGGGGGUGGUCCUGUGGGAGAUCUUCACUUAUGGCAAACAGCCGUGGUACCAGCUCUCCAAUAAUGAGGUGAUAGAGUGUAUCACCCAGGGCAGGGUGCUCCAGCGCCCCAGGACCUGCCCCAAAGAGGUGUACGACCUGAUGCUGGGCUGCUGGCAGAGGGAGCCCCACAUGAGACUCAACAUUAAGGAAAUCCACGGCCUGCUCCUCAACCUGGCUAAAGCAUCGCCCGUUUACCUGGAUAUACUGGGAUGAACACGGAUGACUGCGUGUGUGUGUGUAUUAAAAGUGUCGCUGUACAGGAAACAAACUUUUAAAGGCAAUCAAAAAAAAAAAAAAAAAUACAUCCCCUUCCUUCCUGAUUUUCUUUUCCAUUUGACCUCCUCAUAUCCUUCCCGAAGAGACGCUACUUAUGAGGGAAAAGCGCCUUUCAACCAAGCCAGGCUGGACUUCAUGACGGAACUUCAUGUUCCGUGACUCAGCACUCCCUCGCAGAAGAAAAAAAAAAAACUGACUCAUUUCCGAACCAGAAUUUUGGGAGCGCUUCUUGGAGCCACAAGAUUUUUCUUGUAAAUACGAGACUAUAUGAAAGUAUUUAAGUUUUUUUUUGUUUGUUUGUUUUUUGGGGGGGGGGCAGGAUUUGGCUAUGUGUGCUGUUGAGCCCUAAUGACACGGUACGGUUAACCACACCCACACUUAAAUUAACCCCGCCCACAUUACAUUCAACACCAUGCAUGUGUCACAGUAUCACGCUGAAAAAAAAUUACGAUUUUUGUGAAUUUAUUACUAUUUAUUCAUAAUAUUGAAGAAACCGUGUAAUCCCACUCUUAAGUGUGUAUUCCGAGAAGAAAUUGUAAUCCAAAAAUUCUCUUAACUAUUAAACAUGCUUUGACAGUAAGUGGAAAGACAGGAAUAUUAACCUGAAGCUCAGAGCUAACCAUUUUUCUCCAGCUCAGGGGUGUCCAAACAUGGGGGGAAAAAUAGAGCAAAAAGUAAAUUGUUGAUACAAAUAACUAAUAAUAAAGAAAAGCUUAGUUUUAAAAUAUAUUUCAAGUUAUUUUAAGUUAUUUUGCAAAAUAAAAAAAAAAUACAUAAAUAUCGAUAUUCGGGUUGGAUCCUCGGUAGAAAAAGUUUGGAUAUCCCUGCUCCUGCUGAUCAAAUAUUAGCAUGUGAAAACAGUAUAAUGAGCUAAAAACACUCCAAUAAGUAUCAAAGUUAAGUCUUGCGCUAACUUUCCCGGCCUGGGGAACCUUACUCCAUUUGCGAUAAGCGAUAUGCUUAUGUAUUGUGCAGUGUAAACGAGGGACGACUGUAAUUCUAUCCCUUAAAGAAGUAAGAACUUUAUCAUGUCCUAAAUUUCCUUUCCGAUGUAGCCCCACCCGGAAUAUCCUUAACAUUAAACUCUGAACAGACGGGAAAAGGAACCGGAACCGUUAAGCUAAACUCUCUACUCGAGUAUUCUUCAAACAUUAGCAUAUCGAUCUAUGCAAAAUAAUGUCGUUUGAGUCAGUCGGCCAGCUAAAAAUGUACGGAAUCAAACUUAAGAGCACUUGGAUAUGUUAACGAGCUAACUUUUCCACACUGGGGAACAUCACUCAUUUACUUUUGUAGCUUUCAGAAUAGCCUAACAACUAUUAACUACUAUUUUUUUUUACUUCACCAUGAACAUAAACUAAAUGAAAGUGAACAGGAAGAUGAACCUGUAGCUCAGAGCUAACCCCUUUCCUCUCGGAUUCUUGACAUAUUAGCAUGUCAAUAUGUUAAAAUGACAGUCGGGCAGCUAAAAAUGUACGGAAUCAAACUUAAGAGCACUUGGAUAUGUUAACGAGCUAACUUUUCCACACUGGGGAACAUCACUCAUUUACUUUUGUAGCUUUCAGAAUAGCCUAACAACUAUUAACAACUACUAUUUUUUUUUUACUUCAACCACCAAGAACAUAAACAUGAAUGAAAGUGAACAGGAAGAUGAACCUGUAGCUCAGAGCUAACCCCUUUCCUCUCGGAUUCUUGACAUAUUAGCAUGUCAAUAUGUAAAAAUGACAGUCGGGCAGUUCAAAUUGUACGGAAUCAAACUUAAGAGCACUUGGAUAUGUUAACGAGCUAACUUUUCCAUACUGGGGAACAUCACUCAUUUAUUUUUGUAGCUUUCAGAAUAGCCUAAUAACUAUUAACAACUACUAUUUUUUUUUACUUCAACCACCAUGAACAUAAACAUGAAUGAAAGUGAACAGGAAGAUGAACCUGUAGCUCAGAGCUAACCCCUUUCCUCUCGGAUUCUUGACAUAUUAGCAUGUCAAUAUGUAAAAAUGACAGUCGGGCAGCUACAAAUACGGUAUCAAAGUUAAGGAGAUACAUGAUUUUAACCAAGAAACAUAAACUUAAAUGAAAUUGAACAGGAAGAUGAACCUGUAGCUCAGCGCUAACCCCUUUCAGCAGCCCCUUUCGGCAGCUUUCUCUUUAAGAAGAACGGACUAGGCAUUUGACGACUCACUCAAUCGAACAAUUGAGUGUUUGUUUGGUUUUUUAAGACACAUUAGAACCUCAGUUAGUGUCUGCCCCGGUUAGCAUAUUUUUGCUUUGGUUUGCAUGCAUUCUCAGUUGAGCGUACAUAGCGCUAUUGUUAUUGUCGUUUUAUUAAUCCACUGAGUGAUGUAUUCUCAAUAUAGUAUAUUUUAAUAUUAGGGAUGCCCGAUAUUGGCUUUUUAUCAAUUUCCGAUACCGAUAUGUGUAACAUGACAUAUUUCCUGUUGUGGAAGGAACACAUAUAUGUGUUGCGUUUUUUAUAUCGGUUUUCAUGAUCGGGAAAAAAAUCAAAUUAUGAUAAUAACCAAUAUAUCAACUUAAUAUAUAUAUAUAUAUAUAUUGCGCGCUAACCACUCGACCGCCGUGCAACAAAGCAAAUUAGUGGAAUAUCUAAUAAAUAUGACUUAUUCGUAAUGAGUCGUUAAUGAUGAUUGGGGGCGGCACGGCGGCGAGUGGUUAGCGCGCAGACCUCACAGCUAGGAGACCAGGGUUCAAUUCCACCCUCGGUCUCGGUUCUCCCGUGCAUGCGUGGGUUUUCUCCGGUUUCCUCCCACAUUCCAAAAACAUGCUAGGUUAAUUCUCUCCAAAUUGUCCAUAGGUAUGAAUGUGAGUGUGAAUGGUUGUUUGUCUAUAUGUGCACUCUGAUUGGCUGACCACCAGUCCAGGGUGUACCCCGCCUCUUGCCCGAAGACAGCUGGGAUAGGCUCCAGCGUAGAAAAUGAAUGAAUAUAUAUUUUUGCAAAAAAGUGGUACACUCCAUUGACAGAAUACACACCUUCGCCUCAAAUAAACAUUCCUAAUUCCGGUCAUUGAAACGCGUAACCGACCCGCAGCGCUUGCUAUGCACACAGUAUUGUUCGAGUACCUCGAGUACCUCGUCCACUUUUUUGUACACAGAGUAACACGAUGCCUACCCAAAGCUAACAUCCUGAAACGCUAACAGAUGCUUCACUUCGGCUCAUCUUCAGGGUCAAUUGAUUGACUCGGCCACAGCUGUACCAUGUUCAUGGGUCUUGGGGCUAAAAGGAGGGCGGCGGGGGGGGUUGAGGG